AUGUGACUAAAUUGAAUUAUGGAAAUAAGCCACCUGGUAUAUGUAGGAAGGUCUGAGUUAAACUGAAUUCAUAAGGAUUAUGAUUUAGGAUUAGGCCUGGUGGGGCGAGCUUCGCAUAACUCACAGGUCUUGGGUUAAAAACGUACGUACGGGAGUCAUUAGCCUACCUAGGGAUUCCUUUGUAGGGGCUCCAACCCGCCCAUUGAGGAUUCUCUUUGGGUUUCAUCAAGCGUGGCCUCAGGGGAUCCGUCCGAGUGUCCAUGGCUUAGUUAGAGCAUCUGCAACGCUUGUUGUAUAUUUUGGUAGUGUAAAAGUAAUUUUACACUAUCAACAGUGUUUUACACAUCCACUUUUUUAUAUUCUCUCCAACCAUAUCUUCUAUAUAAAAUACUUUUAUAAUAUUUUAUUAUUAUACUGUUAUUUUACAACCUUUCAUAUCUACUCUCCUUAUCCAAAAAUUAAUUCCAAAUUCCAAAGCAAACCUAUUGCAGCAAUUUAUCCGAAAGAGGUUUUGAGGAGAGUAUCAAUUUUGCAUUCCAAUUUUAGGGUAGAGCAAAUUAAAGAGAUGAAUAAAAUCAGAGGUAAAUUAGAGCGCAAUUAACCUGAGAGAGAGGUUACAGAGUGCAUCAGUUUUGGCUUGAAAAGAAACUGAAGCAAAUUGAGAGAGGGGUUGGGAGGAAGAAAUUGAAGCAAAAUGAGAGGAAGAGCCGAAGAGGGGGGAAAUGAAGAAAAAGAAAAGAGAAAACAGUGACUACACUAUCUACAGUGGAAGUGUAGAAAUAGGAGGUGGAAAUUGAUUUUUGCACUAUAGUGCUUUUUAGCAUUAGGUAUACACCAUCCGUUCGAGGAGAUAAAAUGAAUAGUAAAUUGGAUAUAGGGUAUAUUUAACCAUAUACACAUUACGUUGAAGUUGCUCUUAGUCAAAAGGAACCUUAGCCUAUAGGGUUAAGUGUAGUUGAACAACAGGAACUGAAUAUAAAUAAAUAGUUGAUCAUGAUAUUUGAUAAUGAUAUUUGCUGAUUGUUCUGAUGUUGUAUGAUUGUAUAUUGAUGAGUGCUAGUCUAUGAGUUAGUUCUAGCGUUAGAUACUUCCACUCUUCCUAUUUUUACAAGUAAGGAUCAAGGAUUGAUGAAGAGCAGCCUGGAGGACAGUGAAACGUGAUGCUGGUGGAUGGCCCGAUGCUGUUUGAAAUUGAAUUAAAUACUUGUUGACUUUUAUUUUGUUUAAACUACAAGAAUGUUUGACGUUGUUGUUUUAAAAGCUUCCGCAACGUUUGAAUUAUUUACUCCGAUUAAUUAUGAAUUGUUUUUAAUUAAAUAUAAUAAUGAGUCAAGAAACCGCUCAUGGUCAAGCUAACCAAGCUUCAAACAACAAACCCGAAAAUGUUCAUACCGAAGCGUCCAGUUUCACACCUCCUAUUCAAAAUGAACCAGUGAACUCACAAAAUAAUCAACAUGUUGAAUCUCAACCUGAUGCUAUGUUACCUACCUUAAUGGUAAACUUUUUGCAACAAAUGACUCAUGCCCCUAUGUUUCAACCACCUCCACCACCACUUCGUUUGAUCACUUUCAAAACCUUGAAAGAUAAUGGUGCUGAGGAGUUCCUGGGAGAUCGAAUUGCCGAACCCCAGAUCGCUCUUGAAUGGAUCGAGCAGACCACUCGUGUACUGCAAAAUUUGAACAUACCUCUUGUUGAUCAUCCAAAAUUUGCAUCUCAAUUGCUCCGCAAGGAAGCCUAUGAAUGGUGGAAACGCACUGACGAAAAUCCAAACACACCCAAACCGUGGACUUGGGAAUUCUUUGACUGGGUGUUCAAGAAGGAAUAUAUACCAGCUCGAUUCCGUGAAGAAAAGCGUGCUGAAUUUAUUCAAUUGAAGCAAGGAGAUAUGACACUCCCUGAAUACCGACAAAGAUUUGUCCAUCUCGCUCAAUUUGCACCCACACUGGUGAGCACAGCAGCUGACCGCAUUGAGGAGUUUCGCAAAAGACUUCGACCUGAUCUCAGGCCGCACGUUUCUACUAUUCAAACUCUGGAUUUCAUUGAGGCAUACGACCUAAUCUCUAAAGCCGACAAAGAUCUAAGUGAUUAUUAUGAAAGUUUGAAGAUUGAAGUUGUCAAUGAACAAGUCAACGUUCUAAAACACGAAACAAUUCAAAGAAUCCAACCCAAGGAUGAUACUCUGUGAAGAUCCUAAAGUGCUACAAGGGCUCGAGAUAUAUUGAAUAAUGUAGAGACCUUAUGUAAACAAGAAAUUAUCUUUCGAUUG